UGCUUUUCCAUUAAUCUGCACAAACACAAACACUCUCUCUGUUAUUUACACCUCAAUUACCCUGAGACAAAGGAGCGGGGAAGCUGAUAUGGGAGAAGGCAAAGGGUCGUCGCUCGUUCAUCUCCUUGUCAUUGUUCUCAGCUUAGUUGCAUUUGGAUUCUCGAUUGCUGCGGAGCGCCGCCGUAGCACUGGUGAAUUACAUACGGAUGCUGCUACUAAUCAAACAUACUGUGUUUACCACUCAGAUGCUGCUACUGGCUACGGAGUGGGGGCUUUCUUGUUCCUUCUCUCAAGCGAGUCCCUGCUCAUGGGUGUCACAAGGUGCAUGUGCUUAGGAAGACCUUUGACACCCGGAGGAAACCGUGCUUGGGCCAUAAUAUAUUUUCUCGCCUCAUGGGCGACAUUCAUAGUGGCCGAAGCUUGUCUGAUAGCUGGUGCCAAGAAGAAUGCUUACCACACGCAAUACAGGAACAUGAUCUACGCAGAUAAUUUCUCUUGUGAGUCGCUACGAAAGGGCAUAUUCAUCGCUGGAGCUGUCUUUGUGGUUGCAACAAUGAUUCUCAACGUCUACUACUACGUGUACUUCACGAGAGCAACCACUCAGCCAGCGAAGAAGCUCAACCAUGCUGGUUCGGCUGUUGGCAUGACAGGGCGUGUAUAGGGAGGUGAAUCGUGAAGAGUUUUUCUUGCUAGUGUGAGUGACUGUUAUAGUAUGUAUACCUUAGGCGACGGAGAUGUGAUUGUUCUUCUUGUCUACAAUAUCUGUUGACUGAUUAAUGGUGAAAUUCAAGCCAAAAUCAGAUCAAGCAGUGGAAUCUGAUUUUGGCCUGUUUAGAUUUUGUCUGAUGAUGUGUCGUUGGGUCUGAAACAGAAAUGAUGUCUGGAAGGAAUCUAUGAUAUUUGAUAUAAUGUCUUACAGUAUUGAUCAGUGAUUAAUACUAUUGUUAUGCAA